AUGCCCAAGAAUGAGUUUAGUCUCGAUUCACCAACUCCAGUCGACUGGAUAAUCUGUUUUGCUUUGAUUAAGAGGAGGAACUCAACUUUAUGGAGGCAAGUGCAUCGAGGUUCAUCGGGAAUCCAUUCCAAGGUAAGAAGCAAGAGCAUAAAUGCCUUGAUUCCAGAUUCUUUGUCACAACUGAGAGUUAAUAAACCUUUGAUUAUGCAACUAAACAUUGUCUAUCAAUGCGUCAGAAACUUCAAGAAACUCGCAAACAGUAAGGAGGUCAUCCGAUCACUUAGUGACGACAUAACCGCCAACGAUAUCACUAGAUGGGUUUUACCAAACUAUAAAAAUAUUGUGGCGAUUUUGAGUAUGGGCGAAUCAAUAGAUAACAGGAAGUCCUUAAAACAAUUAGCUAGUUGUUUUCAACUUUUGAUAUCCUCGUAUUGUUGUUUUAAGGUUGCUGAUCCUUCCAAAUAUGUCGUGGAUAAUCUAUUGGCAAGAAUUAUCAGGAAUGACAUUUUGACAAACAAAACUAAAAACUCUAAAAUAAUAAAUCAACUUUAUCUCAAGGAAGGACAAUCUAUUAACAAAAGGGAACUACUCAAAUUGCAUUGUAAGCUAAUUGUACUAAUUUUGAAUCUGCAGUUGGGCAUAGCUAUACUUCCAAAUGGUGAACAUAGCGAAAGCAAUGCAGUGCACUUCUUCCAUAUGAUGAGCAGUAUUUGCUUCUAUCUUGAAAGCCUAAUUCAUGUCUAUAUAGCGCAGAUUUCUUCGAAAGAGGAUACCGCGUUUCAAAAGCAUUUGGCUUGCAAUCAGCACUACUUGAAGCGAACCCAAAGUCUCCCGCAACUGCAUGUGAACGACCUACUGCUAAUGCUAGGCAAAGAAACCGAACGAGUUCAAGACAGGUUAGACUGUCUCAAGAUGAUUAUUAGAGAAUUUUUGAAAAUCUUUAAUGACGUACAAUGGUCUCGAUUAGACAGUUACGUGGAACAGCAUGAAGUUCAUGCUUGUGCAAUGAAGAAGCGGAGGCUUAAUAUUCAAUCUACCCUUCUAGUCACAGGAGAGCUCGAAUUGAUCUCAGCGUUUAGAUUAAUCAACUGGCCAACGUGGGCGAUAAGCAGUUAA